ACGAAAAAGAACAGACUAUCUUUUUCUUUUUCUCCACUCGAAAAAUAUAAGGACUGUUUUUCUCAGUUGAACUAGUGCUACGCUGGAACUUUGUUGCUCGUCACCUCAACGCUUCGUUAUAUAUUUGUUUCGUCCUCUAACUGCAAAAAGUGCAACCUAGUUCGACUAAAAAGGGCGGACCUAUUGGUUCGAUGAAGACGUAUCGUCAUAGCAACCAAACAAACAAGCUGGCGUACUCAAAGCACACAUCGAAUUUGUCACGCGACUGACGCCGUGCCGAAGGGGUGGCCGUGUCUGCGUGGGUUCGGUAUUUUUUUUAUUGCUUUGUCAAAAUUACGCUCUAGAAAUGCUCCCGUCGCCGAUAAUACACUGCGAUUUACCGAAAACGAGGAGGUAUCCCUUUGACGUGCCCGGUACUGCAAAUAUAUCCUACGGGCACAAGUUAGCAGGACACGCGGAUCGGCGGGUCGCAAAGCACCAUGUAAAUUCAGGUAGAUCCAUCCUUGAGUGCGCCGAAGAGCAACCGGAGGACAAGAGGGACUACGAGCAGGUUCUCAAGAUUGUCGAGUUCGAGAAGGAGACUGAUCGGAAGAUCAAGAGCAAAAUUCUCCGCCAACGAGCCCAACAAGGCGUGUCGGCGUACGAGGAGAGUUUGCGGACGCGCCGGGAGAGACUGUGCGAUCUCGUGGUGAAUGAAGAGUCGAGUCUGACGCGGGAGCUCGCGGAGGAGGCGCGGCGCGCCGAGGACGCUCAAUUCGAGGAGAUGCGCGUAACAACGGAAGAGCUGCGGAAACAACAAGAGCAGGCGCGAAAGGCGUUGGUAGCCGCCAAACGGACGCAGCAGUACUUGGCGUCGUGUCAGACCGUCCAACAGAAGUACUCAAGAGGAUGCACGAUCAACGUGAAGCGAAGUAACGUGGCGCAGAUCGCGGACAACGAGGCGAAGAGAUCGGCGGAGAAGGAGCUGGAGGAACUGUGGCACCGAGCGAUGCAGCGGCAACUCGAGACGGAGAGGCUCAAGGAGACGCGGGAGUCGACGAAACGAGCCUCGGCGCAGCGAGAAGUGGCCUGCACCUUGGCCAAGCAAGUGGCCGAGAAAAAGUCAGCGCUGGAGCAGGAGAGGAGACUGCUCCAGAAGAGCGAAUUGGAGCAGCUGGAGCAGCUGCAGGAGGAAUUGCGUCUCGCGGAGUCGCGGGAUCUUCAACUGCGGCAGCAAAAGCGGGAACAGCUGAAGAGGGACAUUGAGGAGGAUAUCUUGGUCGCGGGACAGCGACACGCAGAGCGCGCUCGCGAGGAAGCCGCGGCGAAUCGUGCAUCGGCCGAAGGGGAAAUAAUAAAGGAGAGGUUGACGAAGAACCCCGCGACCCUCCGAACGGAGUCGAUGGCCUACGCCGGGUAUCUGGAGGACCUGCGGCGGGACGAGGCCAGACGCGAGCGCGAGGUGGAGGCCGCCAUUGAGCGUUCGCGCGAAGACGCCGAGGCCAGAUGCGAUCUCACACGCAGAAAACUCAAGGAAGCUCGCGAACGCAGCCUGCAGGAGGUCCUCCGCGGUCGGGAAGAGCAGGUGAGGGCCAGGCGGGACGCGGAGGCGGCGGAACGACGGCUGAAGAUGCAAGAGAGGGAGGUGCUGGAAAGGCAGAUCGAGAGCGACGCCAACUUGGCCGCGAUGAAGCGGAGGGAGAGCAGACAAAAGGCGUAUCGUUAUGGGCUGGAGCUGAAGGAGCAGCAGGAGCAGCGGCGGCAGCGUCUCGGCGAAGAAGAGAGACGCCGCGAAUUGGAGGAGGUGAAGAGGCAGACGGAUGAGGAGGAUAGGAUGCGUCUCGUGCAGGAGACUUGGAGCGCUUCCGGAAAGAUCACGCGGAAUCCGCUUCGGGCCCCCUCCUGCUCUCCGUUCAAGGAACGCCACGCUGCUCAUGCAUCAGAAGGACAUUGUUGUUGUCCUCAGGUUUUGAGUCCCGCGUAAAUCAGCGUCGCCUAGUUGAGUUUCUCUAACCACGAUGCUCCCGGACUUACUUUUCACUUUACGUGUCGAUCGACGGACGCGUGGGAAUCACUUUCGAGGGGCAAUAGUAGGCGGUGAAUGAAUGCGUGAUCGA